GCCCCGGAAUGGCUCGCAUUUCCAGCAAACAUCUAUCGACACAGUUGUUGCAGCACAGUCCCAGCCCAAACUCUCCAGAAUGAAGGUCCUCGUCGUUUUCGCCGUGAUUGCCGUGGCCGCCGUGAUGGCCGACACCAAGAUCCUCAAGUACGAGAACGUCCAGGAUGGCGAAGGAACCUACAAAUAUGCUUACGAAACCGACGAUGGUACGUCCCACGUCGAGCAGGGAGACCAGAAGGGUGAAGAUCUGACCGUGCAGGGCAACUUCAAGUUCAUCGGUGAUGACGGCCAGGAGUACAAAGUAAAAUACGUCGCGGACGGAAACACUGGAUUCCGCGCUGAGGGUGCCCACAUUCCGAACGAGUAUGUCGACAAGCUGUCCACUCUGUAAGCAAGGGGAGCAGGAGUGGUUAGGAAUAAGUAGUUUGUAAUAAAAAAAAGUGAUAUUGGAGCGAUUUUA